CGUUUGUUGUACCACAAGAUUGACCAUCAGCUGCAUAAGGCGUAUUAGCCAGCAUAGUUACAAAAUAAAAUACAAACAACGCAUUUUUAUAAACUUGACUCGUAUGCUAUUCAACAUACAUUUUCAAAAGUGAUCUUGAGUGACCGUUAAAGAAAAUGACGAGACUAUAUUCUGCUAUUAUUCAAACUGCGAUAAGUUAGACGUGUUUGUAACUGUUUUAAUUCGUCUCGAAAAGAAAACUGUUGCUACCGUUCCAAAGCAUCUCCUGUGUCGUUAAAAUUUGGUGCGUACAGACAAUGAUAUAAUUUGUUAAUGCCUUUUGGAUAUGGACAGGAAAUAGAGCUUCUGACUUCGAGUCAAAACAGCCGGAAGAGUUGGAAAAUUCUGGACUUAGGCUGCAUUCAUUAUGUAUACUGCAGGAGGGGGCAGAGGAUAUUUCUUUAAGGGGCAAAAGUUUUUAAGAUCCCCCCCACAUCAUUCAGAAUUUUUGACAGCCCUCCCCUCUUGUCCAAAAGAAAAAAUGAUAACCCCCUCCCCAAAUCUUGACGAGAAAAGUAAAUUAUAGGCAAUAUUAUGAAAUGGUGGAGAGACUAAUGUUUAGAAACAAAAGGUAACCAAAGGUUCACAGAUAUUUUUAGGCUCGAUUUCCGCCGCUCACUUGUUCCUCUCGGAGAAGAGAGUGUUGGGUGGAGGAGCGUGGGCUCAUUUCCCGAACAAGCACACUACGUUUUGAGGCCCAAAUUCCAUCUCAAAGCAAUUAGGCAACUGAGGGAAGUGACUACCUUUAGUGGGGAUGCCCUUGAACAUGUAGAUUGUGCUAUUCACAAUUUAGAGAAGCAAAGUGUUGAUAAUGUUGUUGAUGUUGUUGUUGAUGAUGAUGAUGAUGAUGAUGAUGAUGAUGAUGAUGAUGAUGAUGACGAUCAAGGGAACGAUAAUGUUGUUAAUGUUGCCUAUGAUGAUGAUGAUGAUGACGGUGAUGAUGGUGGAAAUGAAGAGGGUACUAAGAGAUUUGGUGACAAUGAUGAGGUUUAG